GCACCAACAGGAUGCUCUCAGUCAGCGGCAUCACCAGGACGGAGCGGCAGCAGUAGCAGGGCGAUAAAAGUUACCUUCAACACAGACACAGGAAACCAGCAUCACCUAAAUCAACAAAACCUAGUUCCUUAAGUGGAAAUCCGAUUUGAAGCACGAGGCCAAAGUCAGCAGCCUGCAACAGGAGCCAAAAAUAUGCCUGAUCAGACACAGCUGCUCCUGUAUGUUAUCCUGACCGGCAUCAUGCUGGUGCUGUGCGUGAUGGUGGCUAUUACCUGCCUCCUGGUGCACCACAACCACAACAUCCGCCGCCUCCAGCAGGAAGCCUCAGCAGUCAGGAGCAGGAGCCACACCCGCCGGGCCACCCUCAACAAGGGCCCGGGCCAGGGCAAGCUGGAUGAUGACGGCUACGUUGCCCCCCGCCAGGCUACUCACCCAAUGCAUCCCCCAGACUUUCGCUCUCCUCAGGCUCCCAUGUACAUCACCCAAUCAAGCAAACCCUAUGAAAACAUCAGCUUGGACUCAGCAGAAUCAGGUCAUUCCUAUGAGUCCAUGGGCAACUUCCAGGCCUAAGCCGUACCAUCUGUCAAGGUGUUUUUUGAUGGGGGAGAGAGCAGUCUGUGACUUCUACUGCCUGAUUAAGUGUUGGUAUUUGAACAUCAAUAUUAUUUGUAAGAAGCUCCUCCACUCCAGUAUUCACAAGGAUAUAAAUGCUGUAAGCUUCUCAUGCUCAGCUAGAGAAGCCUUAUGACCAUCAGAAUACUAAACUAUUAUGAAUAUCAUAAACCUUGUGAAUGACUAUAAAGAUGUUGUGAUCAGCAGAGAGCAAUGGGUUCCAUUUCAUUGGGUAUAAUGCCCUCUCUGACUUAGUAACUUCUCACCUAAUUUUGGCUUCACUGUUUUCUUGAGGCAAUUUUGUUUUCUGUUCUCUGUAUAUGUGAAAUGAGGUGGAUUGAAAAUAAUUUUAAUCAUAUAUAGUCAGAAAUACAAUGCACCUUGUGUUUGUUUUGCAUGUUGAGGAUUAAGAUAGUCUUGUAAGAGUUCACACAUAAAGUGUCAUUAUAAGACUUUUCAUAAAAAAAACUGAUAUGGUACUUGCUUUAUCAUUUGGAUCACUUCAAAACUCAUUCAGAAAACAAAUUUAUGGGAAUAAAUGCAGAUGACAGAACUUAUAUUCAUAAAUUUAUAUGAUUCUUACUAAUUACUUAUAAGUAAUCUUAUGUCAUACGAUCACUGGUUACUGUUCCACUUAGUCUUAAGAGCUAGUACUUAACUUGCUUUCACCGACAUGAAUAAAAGGUGAUUUCCGAAGAUGUUCAUCAACUUGACAACUCUGCUGCAUAUAAUUAACAUAAAAAAGGCAGCAUUCUUCAUCAAAUGUUGUGCAAAAUAAUAAAUAAUCUCCGAGACUAAGUCUA